UGUGGUCGGCCGCAUCGCUUAAAAUAAAAUACGUUAAACCUUUUUUGAACUAGCGCAACAAUUUUGGAGGCUCUUGACAACUGCCCCAGAAUGCUCUCAGGAACACCAGGUCUCAACUCCAUAAGCUUGUCCAAGCCCAAGAGAAAGACUGAAGUCAUAGUACUUCAAAUCAUAUUCUUUGAAACCCCAGAGAAGCCCUUGUCGUGCAUCUCAAAAUCAUCAUGGCGAACAAGCAAGGAAAGAUGGCCGGCCUCAUCAAUUACCGGAUGAGGGUGACCAUGAAUGAUGGACGGCAAAUGGUUGGACAGAUGUUGGCUUUCGACAAGCACAUGAACUUGGUGCUCGCGGAUACCGAGGAAUUCAGACGUGUCAAGCGCAAGGCAAACAAGUCUGCCGCUCCAGGCGCCAGCGGCAGCUCAGCAGCGAUGGUCGAGAACGAAGAGAAACGUACACUGGGUCUUACGAUCGUCCGUGGGGCACAUAUUAUCUCCCUCUCAGUCGAGUCUCCUCCCCCAGCAGAUCCAUCCGCGAGGUUAGGAGCUAGUGCACCAGGUGGAAUCUCAAGUACAUUGGCUGCUGGUGCUGGAAUUGCGAGACCUGCUGGACGAGGCGCACCUGUUGGAUUGGCCGGCCCAGCGGCUGGUGUUGGUGGUCCUCCAUCAGGUUUCCCAGGUGGCUUCCCAGGCGCACCUCCGUUUGGCAGAGGAGCACCACCCCCCGGAUUUGCUGGCGGAUUCCCACCAGCAGGUGGACCAGGUGGAUUCGGACAAGGACCACCUCCGGGAUUUCCUCCGGGAGGCUUUGCUCCUCCCCCAAGAAGAUAGUCAGAGCGUUGUUUAUGAAUGAAGGCACUGUUUAUGAGGAAAUUGGGCACAGGCGGACAAAAAUCCUGCACAAGAAUGGCGUUGAUGGGGAGUUUGGCUUUACAUACCAAAACUGCAGAUUUGUAGCAUAGACAGCCACCACAAAUCAAGUGAACGUUGAU